CACUGACCUGCAGCGUGAGCAGUCUUCGGCUGAAAGUGGGUCGCACAGACCUGUGUCCCAGUGUUCAGUCAUUGGGUUGGGAGGUUGACAGACAGAGGAGGAAAAAGAUGGACCUUCUGCAGGUUACAUCUCGUCUCAAUCGUAAAUCUGUUGUCAAGUCUGUAGGGACGUCUGUUCUCCUGUACGUUACGUACCGAGUGAUCAAGUUCCUGAUAUGGUAUAGGCGUUUAUACAGCUUCUUCAACAACUGUCAGGGAGUCAAGGACUUCUCCUGGAGGACAGGCAAUCUGCAUUUGUUCCCUAAGUUGUUUGAGAAGCGUGUUGCAGUGGAGCAGGACUGGAUGAAGAGAUACCCCAAGUACUACCGGGUCUGGAUAGGGCCCUUCAAUCCAGUCAUCAGGGUCUACCAUCCAGACACAAUCAGAGCCAUCAUCAAGUCCACAGAACCCAAGGCAACGGGAUUCGGGGGACCAUAUGCAACGUUACUGCCCUGGCUUGGGGAGGGUCUCCUGGUUGCUGGGGGACAACGCUGGUACCGAUCUCGUCGACUCCUUACCCCCGCCUUCCACUUCGACAUCCUCAAACCCUACGUCGACGUCUCCAACAACGCCAUUGACACCAUGCUGGAGAAGAUUGACAAACACGUGGAUGAAGGCACCAGCUUCGAGUUGUUCAACAUAGUCGGUCUCUGUACAUUUGACAUCCUGUUGAGAUGCGCCAUGUCGGUAGAGGAAAACAUACAGCAACAGGGACUCACUCACCCAUAUGUGAACGCAGUUAAUGACCUACUCUUCCUGGUUACAGAUCGAAAUAUGAACCCAUGGCACUUCCUUGACUUCAUCUUUUACAACUCGUCCUCUGGGAAGAAGUUUAAGAAGCAGUGUGACUUUGUACAUCGCUGGGCGGAAGACAUCAUCGAGAAGAGGCGACAGACCUUGGAGAGAGAUGGACCCCCGAAGACCCGCUACCUCGACUUCCUGGACGUCCUGCUCAGUGCCAGAGAUGGUGAUGGCAAGGGCCUCACCCCGCUAGAGAUCAGGAAUGAAGUCGACACGUUUCUAUUUCAAGGUCACGACACAACGGCCAGUGGGAUAUCAUGGACGCUGUUUACCAUGGCCUCCAAACCCGAGUUCCAGACCAGGAUCCAGGAGGAACUGGACAUUCUACUGGAUGGAAGAGAAUCCAAACACAUCACCUGGGAUGACAUCCCCAAGAUGGAGUAUCUGACACGAUGUCUGAAGGAAGGGAUGAGGUUCCACUCGCCUGUUCCGCUGGUCAGUCGGAAACUGGAACACCCCAUGGACAUCGACGGGAAGGUCUUUCCAGUAGGAACACUCAUUUCACUGGGGAUAUGGAAUGUUCAUCAUAACCCGGAAGUGUGGGAGAACCCGGAAGUGUAUGAUCCUGAUCGGUUUCUGACCGAGAACAUCCAGAAGAAAGACCACUAUGCAUAUAUCCCCUUCUCCGCUGGCCCGAGAAACUGUAUCGGGCAACAUUUUGCCAUGAACGAGGAAAAGAUCAUGCUUUCAAGAAUACUUCACAGAUAUACGUUACAGGUAGAUUUAAGCCACAAAGUGGAACGAAGGAAUGCCGGCGUGAUGAAGUCAACUGAAGGACUGUGGGUGUUCGCUAGACACCGACACAGUACAUCAUAGAGAAAACGUCAAUUCAAGACAACAUACAGUCAUCCAAGGACACACAUUCCAUUAUGCUUAACGGCAAAAUAUCAAAACAAUAACACCAGGUAUCAACAUUCUAUUUCCGUGACCACGUGACCAUGAACGUGGAUUAUCAUUCACAUUAUGGAUUAACAUUGACUUGUAGUCAAUAAUAAUGUUUUAUGUCAACUAUAAACACGAUCAAAUACCGUAUGGA